AUGCAUUACGACUUAAUCAUUUCUCCACCGCGCGCCAUACGAGCCAACCCGAAGCGUCGUAAAGCGGGGUGGCUCUGCGCAGGCGCAUCGGGCAGGGCACUCGAGCACGCGCCGCGAGUCGAGCGCCCUCGAGCGGGCACUCGGCUCCCGCCGCGUCGAAUUCAAAAGAUACCUACCGACACCGCGCUGAAUAUUCGCUCACGUAUCAAAAACGCUAAAAUGCAAAUCUAUGCAGUGCGGUCGUCUAGAGUGCUUAGCGGUGCGCGCCGGUUUCAUCAAAUGCAAUCUGCCUCGAAUUAUCAUACGCAAGUAGCGGGAUGA